UAACAACCGGCUUCUUAAAUCAGUUUACCGGCCCGUGUCGUCGCGAGCGCACGUAUAUAUAAUCUGCGACGGUAACACUUGAUUUAAAACGUGAUUCAACCAAAAACAAUACAUAAAACAGGUUUAUUUUGAAGACCGGCGCCUCUUUAGUUAUCAAUCAUGGGAAAGGUGGCCACAUCAGAAGCCCUGAGGUUCAUGACGGACUGUCUGAAAGCAGUUGGGGCAGCGGCCAGGGCAGCUGAACAGCAAGCCGAGCUACUCAUCCAGGCUGACAGGUUCGGUCAUCCCAGUCAUGGCCUUAAUAGGCUAGAGAUGUAUGUAAACGACAUCAUAAGCGGUGCGUGCCAGCCUAACAACGAGCCGACAGUACUGAAGGAGACCCAGUCGACAGCAUGGGUAGACGCCAACAACGUACUGGGAGCGACUGCCAGCCACUUCGCAAUGGACAUAGCUAUCAAGAAGGCCCAAGAAACCGGAGUAGGGUGGGUCUCUGUUAAAGGUUCUAAUCACAACGGUAUGGCAGGCUUCUGGUCUCAAAAGGCAGCCGAUAAAGGGAUGAUAGGCAUGGCGUUUACAAACACAUCACCUUUGCUAGCACCUACGAGGAGUAAACAGUCGGCGUUGGGCACAAAUCCUCUGUCGGUAGUGGCGCAAGCAUCACAGGGAGAAUCCUUCUAUCUCGACAUGGCUACCACAGCAGUUGCUGUUGGAAAGAUUGAGAUGCAGCGUCGAAAAGGCGAGCCGUUACCGAGCGGUUGGGCGCAGGGACCUGAUGGCAAAGAAACCAAAGACGCUGAACUGGGCUUCAAAACAGCAUGUCUUAUGCCUCUUGGCGGUGGUGAACUGACAUCAGGUUACAAAGGAUUUGGACUAGCCGCUAUGGUUGAGCUGUUCUGUGGAGUAUUGGCAGGAGCUAAAUACGGCCACCAUGUGCGGUCGUGGUCCCACGGUGGAGACGGUGGGCCGGCCAACCUGGGUCAUUGCUUCGUGGCUGUCAACCCAGAGUGCUUCGCCCCAGGCUUCGGAGACCGUCUCGCUGACUGCAUACAACAUUGGCGGCAGUUAGAACCUACGGAUCCCAACCUGCCAGUGCUGGCUCCAGGAGACAAGGAAAAGAAAGCAGCGGCUGUAGCAGAUACAACAGGCUCGGUGUCUUAUGUCAAGCAGCAAAUAGAGUCCAGUGCUGCACUGGCAAAAAAACUCAACGUUAAGCCAAUGGAAGUGUCAUGUAUAAACUGGUGGUUAUCCUCAAAAAUAUACCUAAAUGUCCAGCGUUCAAUACCAAUAACCAAUAUCACCUCGGAAAGGAUCUCCCAUACUUCAGAUCAUAAGAAAACUUCAAUUCAGGACCAACUGCAAAAGGCUUGUUGUAUAAAAAAUGCGUUAAUACUAGUAAUUUCUAGAAUCAUGGUUAGGGUGGCAACAUCAGAAGCCCUCAGGUUCAUGACAGACUGUCUGAAGGCGGCUGGAGCAGCCGCGAGGGCCGCUGAACAGCAAGCCGAACUACUCAUCCAGGCUGACAAGUUUGGUCAUCCUAGUCACGGACUUAAUAGGUUAGAAAAAUACGUCAACGACAUCAUGUCUGGUGCGUGUGAGCCUAACAACGAGCCAACGGUGCUUCAAGAAUCCCAGUCGACAGCCUGGGUGGACGCCAAAAACGUACUUGGAGCGACUGCCAGCCACUUCGCUAUGGACAUAGCGAUAGAGAAGGCCGAAGAAACCGGAGUAGGGUGGGUCUCUGUUAAAGGUUCUAAUCACAACGGUAUGGCCGGCUUUUGGUCUCAAAAGGCGGCAGAUAGAGGAAUGAUAGGCAUGGCUUUUACAAACACAUCGCCUCUGUUAGCACUUACAAGGAGUAAACAGUCGGCGUUGGGCACAAAUCCCCUGUCGGUAGUGGCGCAUGCGUCAGAAGGCGAAACCUUCUACCUCGACAUGGCUACCACAGCAGUUGCUGUUGGGAAGAUUGAGAUGCAGCGUCGAAAAGGCGAGCCGUUACCCAGUGGUUGGGCGCAGGGACCUGAUGGCAAAGAAACUACAGACCCUGAACUAGGCUUCAAAACAGCAUGUCUUAUGCCUCUUGGUGGUGGUGAACUGACAUCAGGUUACAAAGGAUUUGGACUAGCUGCUAUGGUUGAGCUAUUCUGUGGAGUAUUGGCAGGUGCUAAUUACGGCCACCAUGUGCGGUCGUGGUCCCACGGUGCCGGCGGUGAACCGGCCAACCUGGGCCACUGCUUCGUGGCUGUCAACCCAGAGUGCUUUGCCCCUGGCUUCGGAGACCGUCUCGCUGACUGCAUACAACAUUGGCGGCAGUUAGAACCUACGGAUCCCAACCUGCCAGUGCUGGCUCCAGGAGAUAAGGAAAAGCAAGCAGCGGCUUUAGCAGAUUCUACAGGUUCGGUCUCCUACCUCAAACAGCAGAUAGAGACCAGCGCCGAGCUGGCAAAGAAACUCAACGUAAAGCCAAUGGAACUUUGCUCGUUUGUGUGAAAACUUUAACUCAUUUUGUUUUUCUAAAGGCUUAUAUAAGUGUUCGGGUUCUGUCUAAUGAUGUAUAGUUGAAAGUGUGAUUACAUCCUUGCCUUCCCGUGUUUGGAACCAAAUGUUAAUUAUUUUAUUAUGAAGGUGCCUUUAUUUUUUGAUUAUUAUGAAUUUAUAUUGACUGUUAUUUUGUAUUGAGUUUAUAUUGUUUAUUACAGAAUAUUAAAAUCAAUAUAUUUACAA